AUGUUAUUUCGGAAUAAUGAUGAGGAGCAAAAUAACAGCAAAGAAAAUACAGCAGAAUAUACUCUUCAAGGUGUUAUUCAUUUUUUACAGACAGAAGCGCAUCGUUAUCAACGAGAUAGAAACAAUUGGGAAAUUGAAUAUGCAGAAAUGAAAGCAAGAAUUGCAAAGCUAGAAGGUGAACAAAAAAGUUUUGACAAGUUAAAAGAUCUAUAUUUAAAAAGAAUAAAAAUGCUAGAAAAUUCCCUUGAAAAAGAAAGAGUAAAAUUAAAAAUUAUUUCAUCCUCUGUUCGCAGUUAUACUUCACAUAAUGUUCCGACUCAAACAUCAUCUAAAACAAAAAAUAAUAAAUCAGGAAGUCAAGAGAAAAUAGCUGAAUCAAGUAAAAUAGCUGCAUAUACGGAUACUGAAUUAUUUUCUAAAUUAUUUUCUGAUACCAUUCAAGUGUCUCAAGAAAUUUUACAGCAAUCAAAUAAAAGAGCAAAAAGUUUACAAUUUUUAGAGAAAUGUCUUCAAGAAAUCAAUUAUCUUAUUAAUUCUCAACCAAAUAUAUCGGAAUAUAUUCCUGUUUUAUGUCAACCAAAUUCUAUUCAGCCAUAUAUUCCAUUGCAUAAUAAUCAUGCACUAGCACCAAUAUUAUCAUCAGUAAAUACAGAAUUACCGUCUCGGCUAGAUAAAGAUAUUUUAUCUACUGAAAAUAUAAAAAUAUCGUCAGAUCAGUCACAAAAGCCGCAAAACAAAUUAUUUAAUAUCUAUAAUAAAAAUAACAUAAAUAAUUUUAUUCAGGAUAAUUAUCCAUCUAAAAUUCAUUUAGGGUCGACUAUUUUAAACGAACAUAUUUAUGGGGAAGAAAAUAAAAAAAAUAUUUAUAAUUAUAAUAACGAAUUAUUAUUGCCGGGUUUAGUAUCUACGCCUUCAAAUAAAGCAAUUGAAGUCAAUCAAAAGGAAGAUAUAGUGUGUCAGAGAAAUGAGGAUCGAACAUCAUUUGAUAAAUCUAAGUCAUCUUUCAAUUUACUAUCAUCUCGGGAACAUAUGCUUAUAAAUACUAAAAAUAGCAGCUGGGAUUUUCAUGAUAAUAGUGUACUUGAUGAAAAAAUCGAUGAAAAUAACCAAGAUAAAUAUACUAGAUGGAAAACUAAAUUUGCUUUAAAAAAUCAUUUAGCUAGUAUAAGAUCUGUUUCAAUGUCUAAAAACGAAAAUUCAGGUUAUGCAAGUAUGGCAACAUGUGGUGAUGAUUCACUUGUCAAAUUUUGGAGAUUGCCAAUAAAUAAUAAAAAAACUCAAAAUCAAGAUAUUGUUCCUCAGAUUACCUAUAGAGGUCAUUCGGGAAUAGUAACUAAUGUUUGUAUUGCAGUUGAAGUUAAUAAAAUUUUCAGUGCGGGAGUUGAUUCUACUAUUAGAUGUUGGAAAAUACCUGAAUUACAACGUAAUAUUUAUGCACCGAUAGAUGAUUGUAUUUUCCCAAACAUAUUUACAGGACACUCAAAUGCUGUUUGGGAUUUAUCUUUUCAACCCAUAUUAAAUAUAUUAGCGUCAAUUUCUGCAGAUGGAACCAUUAAACUCUGGAAUACUAACUGUAUUGAUUCAUCACCUCUUCUUUCUACAUUAAACUUUUAUGGAAAUGAUUUAACUAAAUCAUCUUCUAUUGUUCCAACUAGUAUAACUUUUUUAGAUAAUGAUAAAAAAAAAAUUGCAGUAUCAUGGAACAAUGCAGUGAUUAAAAUAUAUGAUACAGAAGUAGGAAAGAGUGUAUUAGAAUUAAAGAAUGAUGAAAUUUAUGAUGGAACUAAUAAUACUCAAAUUAACAAAAUCAUAACACACCUUAAAGGAAACGUGUUAAUUUCUGGUCAUGAAAAUAAAUAUAUUCGUUUUUAUGAUAUAAAUUCUGCACAAUGUACAUAUUCAAUGCUCGCACAUCUAGAUGCAAUUUCAUCUUUAGAUAUUUCUCCAGAUGAUAAAGUUUUAGUUUCAGCGGGUCAUGAUGCUUCUGUUAGAUUCUGGGAUAUGCAAUCACCUCAAACUUGUAUUCAAGAAAUUUCAAAUCAUCAUAUAAAAGCGCAAGAGGGCGUUAAUGAUAUUUCAUGGUGGUAUGGAAAUGAUAAUACUAAUCAAUUAGAAUAUAUAACAAGUGUUGGUGGAGAUGGCAUAAUAAAAGUAAAUACAAAAAGUUAA